UACUGGUAUCGAUGUAUCCCUAAUUGCUGAGAUCGUUUCAUCUCAAGUGCGAAGGACGGAUAUUAUAAAUUGAAAUAUUAAUUUGAGAAAAUAUUUGAAGAAAUUUGAACAAAAUGUUGCGAAAGCAACUUCAUGCGCUUUUGAAGCCGUAUUAUUGGAUAAACAUUAUUUUAUCUGUAUCGUAUGUUGUCGCUAAAAAACUAGUGCCAUUAUGUACAAGGCUGUUUAACCACCGUGGCGCGGAUAUGUGCGAAUUAGAUGGUCGUGAAACAGAGAUUUUAUUUUUUCUCUUAAUUGUGGUUAUGGUACGUUCGCGCAAAACUGGAAGCGUAACCAUGGUCAAUUACCUUUCCGCAUCCUUUCUCUAUACGAAAGUGGCUAAUUUCAUUCUAUGGGCAUACAGCGAUUUUCGUGGUCCAGAACAUAUAACCUACUUCCGUAACAUGCAAAAUUUUGAAGAAGAAUUGGUUCGGGAUAAACGAAUUAACUGGAUAGUUUGUUUCUAUACUGUGUGGAACCCGAGUUGCGUGAAUUUUGCUCCUAUUUAUGCUGAACUUUCAGCUGAAUACAAUCUGGAUAUCUUAAAAUUUGGCAAAGUUGAUAUUGGACGUUUUCCUGACGUGGCACUGAAAUAUCGAAUAUCUGACAGCAGUUUCUCACGCCAAUUACCCACUGUUAUACUCUUUAAGAACGGAACGGAGGUGGAACGAAGGCCAUGUGGAGAUUCAAGAGGAAAAUUGCAAAAGUUUUUUUUUUCAUCAGAUAAUAUUCGUGCAGCAUUUGCCUUGAACCAGCUCUACAAAGAAUGCAUCGAAAAUCCUAUAAAGAAACCUGAGCAAAUAAUCACCUCCGCAGGGAACGCACCAGUGAAGAAGACACAAUAGCUUUGUCAUAUAUAAGAUCUAAUAAUUUAUCAAAUAAACGCCCAAUCAGUAUAUAAUUGCCAUUCUAUAAAAUAAACUAACUAGAUACAGUGGCUACACACUUUUUUCA